AUGUCCCAGCGACCUUUUCAAGCCUGGCAGAGCCAACCAUGGAGUUAUCAACAAGAGGAAGAAACGAUGCAAGAACAGCAGCAUCAACAACAACGCCAUACGUUGCUUAAUCCUUCUGCAUCCAUAACUUAUCAACCAAUGCGGCCAGAAUACAUGGGUGACUCGACUCAUUAUCUAUAUCAAGAUUUGCUGAAUUCACAAAAAGAAAUGGAAUGGAGACGACAGUUUCCACAAGAUCAAUCAUUACUCAGUCUUUCACAAUCACCCACUGAUAUUAAUAUGCUUACAUCCAGUGGUCUACCAACGUAUUUUAUUCCGCAAAUGACAAACAAGCAACAAACGCCGACAUAUAUAGAUAAUUCGAUUCAGCAACCAAAUGGCACUCUGUUUCCGCAACAAAACCUAUUUACGCUUCAGCAGCCACAUCAACAACGAUGGUUAUCGCAUUUGGGACAGCAUGAAGAACAGAAACCGAACGAAACCACCAUGCCGAUGCAAUCUGACCAUAAACUGAGCCGACAAAACUCGGUUCAAGACAUGGUCGGAGUUGCUUUGAUUGAGCCAUUGGAGUAUGCCCAAUUACAGCGAACACAGAUUAUUCCGCGUCCGGCUCCGUCCAAAGUAAACGUUUAUCAGCAAGUAUCUCUACUACAAAGCAACAUUGAUCAAUCGGGAAACGGGUUUUCACAUCAAUUUUCUCAGGUGGAAAUUAAUGAACAACCUUCACAAUCUCAAUAA